AUGAGAGAAAAGAAGUAUACCUACUUGUACAUGUCUCCCAGAUAUUUUUAUUUAUUGUUGGAUGUACAGGACCUGGACAAAUCGAAGUGCCCUGCUCUAACGGCUCAGAGUCUCUUUGAGCAAGUUAGUAGAGAGUUGUUUGGUACAGUGGGGGCUCCUCGCGUGGAUAUAUUACACUCUAAGAACUCUCAAGUAAUUGUUCGUGUAGAGCCUUUACUUUUGAGAAAGUUUCGAGCGGCUUUGGCUCUCUCAACGCAAAGAAUACAUGUUUGUCGGGAAGCACCAUCUCUGCAAGCGCUUCUGUAA